GUUAGUGAUACGUUCAUCUCGCAGGUGGUGGAUCACUACGAGAACCCGCGCAACGUGGGCUCUCUCGAUCGCAACGCAAAGAACGUGGGCACGGGCCUGGUGGGCGCCCCGGCCUGCGGCGACGUCAUGAAGCUGCAGGUGGAAGUGGAUGAGAAUGGCCGCAUCGUUGAUGCUCGCUUCAAAACCUUUGGCUGUGGCUCUGCCAUCGCCUCCAGCUCGCUGGCAACAGAGUGGGUGAAAGGGAAAACGGUUGAUGAAGCAUUGAAAAUCAAGAACACAGAUAUUGCAAAAGAACUUUGCCUUCCUCCAGUCAAACUGCACUGCUCUAUGCUGGCUGAGGAUGCAAUCAAGGCUGCCUUGGCUGACUACAAGUUGAAACAAGAUCCAAAGAAAGGAGAGUCAGAGCAGAAAGCAAACUAAUUCCUAAAUGGACUGUGGAGGUUGUCCUCAUUCCAGAUAAAUUUGCAGUGCAAUUAUUCUAGCUAUUAAUAGAAUCCUGUGCACUACUCAAGAAGCUGUAAAAUGCGCACAACUCAACGCACAAUGUGUCACUGCUCAUGUGUGUAUAGCCACCCUGGUAGUGCUUAAAUGACUGGAACGUGGGUAUUUCAGCAGCCUUUGUCCUGUUGGGACUGGUUUUGAAAUGUUAAAAGUGAAGGACUGCUCCAUUGCAGGGCACCCCAGUAGCUUCUCAAGAGAGAAAGAAUCCUGCUGUUCCAGCAUUGGAAGGGCUGCACUUUUUUCUUCUGGAAAUGUAUAGUUUUACCUAAUGUUUUACAGAGUUUGGUGGGAAACAAUGCCUUGGUCUUUAUGUAAGAUCUGCAGGUCACUUUGUAAAUCAUUACAGUAUAUAAAUUUCGAGUGGUUUGUCUGCA